GUCUAUGACAUACAGACGUACAUACGUUUGUACUACAUACCUAUAUAACAUUGCCAGCUCUGCACGUGAAAUCCGAAGGCGGCGAAAGUAAUCUGUGAUCAAAGCAAAAAUGUCCAAGGCCAAGGGUAGGAAGAAGGAGCGCUUCGAUGACGACGAGGAGCAGCCGGAGAAAGUGCAGGAGAAGAAGCCGCCGACGAGCAAGAAGGGUGGCAAGAAGGGAAAGCGAGGAGGCGACUCCAGCGACGAGGACCCGGCGCCCAAGAGCCGGGACAACGAGGAUCUGGAGAGCGUAGCCUCCUCGAACCAGAGCAAGCAGCAGCAGGCGGGCAAAAAGCAGGGCAAGAAGGGCAAAAAGGGCAAGAAGAACGACGACUGGAGCGACGAGGAUGAGAAGCCCGCGAAGGGUCUGCCCGCCGACGACCAGGACGAUGAGGAUGACGAGGAGGCGCCGCCCCCGUCCAAGCCAGCUGCCAAGAAGCCACCGCCCAGCAAGAAGAACAAGAAGAACAAAAAGAAGAACGACGACUUCUCCGACGAGGAGGAGCCCGAUCUGGACUUGGAGGAGCCGGAGGAUGAGGAUGAAGUGGUCGCUGUGGCCGCCAAGCCCGCCUCCAAGAAGUCCAAGAAGAAGCAGCAGGCCCAGCAGAAGAACAAGUUUGCCAUGAGCGAGGAUGAGGAUGAGGAGGCUGCUGAAGAUCUGCUGGAUGAGGACAACGAGGAGGAGGAGUUGGUGUCCAACAAGCCUGCAGCUAAAAAGUCCAAGAAGAAGCAGAAACAGAAACUGGCGGCCAGCGAGGACGAAGAGGAGCCCGAGGAGGAGGAUGAGCAGCCCGAAAAGGAAGUGGAGGAGCAGAAAGUGGAGCAGGCCCUCAGCGAGAAAGUGGCUGCCGUGAGUCUCAAGGAGAAGACACCCGAACCCGUAGUCGAAGCCGAACCUGAACCAGAGCCCGAGGAGGAUGCCGAGGCAGAGGCGGAGCCCAAGUCCGAGGACAGCAAGGAGACCAAGGAGAAGAAGCUCACCCACAAGGAGAAGAAAAAGCAAAAGAAGCAGCAGGAGUACGAGCGCCAGAUGGAGCUGAUGACCAAGAAGGGCGGUGCCGGGCACUCCGAUUUGGACAACAAUUUCACCAUGUCGCAGGUGCAGAAGAGCGCCGGCCAGCAGGCGGCUCUGGAACACGCCGUGGACAUCAAGAUAGAGAAUUUCACCAUCUCGGCCAAGGGCAACGAUUUGUUUGUGAACGCCAACCUGCUGAUUGCCCAUGGCCGCCGCUAUGGCCUGGUGGGUCCCAAUGGUCACGGCAAGACCACCCUCCUCCGGCAUAUUGCCACCCGUGCCUUCGCCAUACCGCCCAACAUCGAUGUGCUGCUCUGCGAACAGGAAGUGGUGGCCACUGACAAGACGGCCAUCGAUACCAUCCUCGAAGCGGAUGUGCGCCGCACAGAGAUGCUGAAGAAGGCGGAUGAGCUGGAGAAGCAGUUCGCCGCUGGAGAUCUGAGUGUUCAGGAGGAGCUUAACGAUGCCUUCACGGAGCUGAAGGCCAUUGGAGCCUACUCGGCGGAGGCCAGGGCCCGCCGAAUCUUGGCCGGUUUGGGCUUCAGCAAGGAAAUGCAGGACAGACCCACCAACAAGUUCUCCGGUGGCUGGCGCAUGCGAGUCUCCUUGGCGCGAGCCCUCUAUCUGGAGCCCACGCUGCUCAUGCUCGACGAGCCGACGAAUCACCUGGAUCUCAACGCUGUGAUCUGGCUGGACAACUAUCUGCAGGGCUGGAAGAAGACCCUGCUGAUCGUGUCCCACGACCAGAGUUUCCUGGACAACGUGUGCAACGAGAUCAUUCACUUGGACCAGAAGAAGCUGCAGUACUACAAGGGCAACUACUCCAUGUUCAAGAAGAUGUACGUGCAGAAGCGCCGCGAGAUGAUCAAGGAGUACGAGAAGCAGGAGAAGCGGCUGCGCGAGCUGAAGGCCCACGGCCAGUCGAAGAAGGCGGCGGAGAAGAAGCAGAAGGAGUCGCUUACCCGCAAGCAGGAGAAGAACAAGUCCAAGCAGCAGAAGAAGGACGAGGACGAGGGACCGCAGGAGCUGCUGGCCAGGCCCAAGGAGUACAUCGUCAAGUUCCGCUUCCCGGAGCCAUCGCAGCUCCAGCCGCCCAUUUUGGGUGUGCACAAUGUAACCUUCGCCUUUCCGGGCCAAAAACCUCUCUUCAUCAAGGCUGACUUCGGCAUUGAUCUGACCAGUCGCGUGGCCAUCGUGGGACCCAAUGGUGUGGGCAAGUCCACGUUCCUAAAGCUGCUGCUCGGCGAACUGGAACCGCAGGAGGGUGAGCAGCGCAAGAACCACCGCCUUCACGUGGGCCGCUUCGACCAGCACUCCGGCGAGCAUCUCACGGCAGAGGAAUCGGCUGCCGAGUAUCUGCAGCGCCUGUUCAAUUUGCCGCACGAAAAGGCGCGCAAGGCCUUGGGUUCCUUUGGUCUGGUCAGCCAUGCGCACACCAUCAAGAUGAAGGAUCUGUCCGGUGGCCAGAAGGCUCGCGUGGCCCUCGCCGAGCUGUGUCUCAGUGCGCCGGAUGUGCUGAUUCUCGAUGAGCCCACCAACAACCUGGACAUCGAGAGUAUCGACGCCCUGGCGGAGGCCAUCAACGAGUACGAAGGCGGCGUGAUCAUUGUUUCCCACGACGAGCGACUGAUCCGUGAGACGGGCUGCACUCUCUACGUGAUCGAGGAUCAGUCGAUCAACGAGAUCGACGGCGAGUUCGAUGACUACAGGAAGGAGGUUCUCGAUUCGCUGGGCGAGGUGGUCAACAAUCCCAGCGUGGUGGCCAAUGCGGCGGUGCUGCAAUAACCCUGGAGCUUCACAAGGACUUGGAGUCCCCGCCCCUGGUCAUCAUCUCGUCAGCCGGCUCGCCGCAUGUUAAUUGUUCAACUGUUGAAUGGUUUAUCCGCUAGUUAGCCUUUUUAUACCAACAUAUAUACAAUAACAAAUUGUGGAAGUAAAAGUUAUUACACAAGAAA